AAAUGUAUUUCCUGAUCUGAUCAGUCCUCCGAUGUUUUUAAGAUCACCCGUACCUCCAUAAAAUCGUGUCCACUGAUCCAGGGAGUACUAUUAGAACAUAUUUAUUCAUCAUUUUGCUCCAAGAAACUGUGGACUUAGCCUUGUCAAUCAUCAUGGCGGGAAGAGGCCGUGGUCGUGGUAGAGGUCUGCUACUAAGUAAAGCGAUAUCACCCGGUAUGACCGAAGAUGAAGACAAGAAGGUUUCUGUAGCUGAAGUAUCACCACCAGCACCACAUCCCAAAGACAUGCGUUCAACAGCAGCCCUGGCAGAACUGGAGACUCUUAUAUCCCAGAUCUUGUACGACAUUAGUGAUGAUGAUCUUCAGCAUAUUGAGAGACUUUCAAAUGCAGCAGCAUCAUCGGAGGACCUGCAUACUAUUGCAAAAUUCAUCUACAUUCAGUGUCAAAAAAAUAGAGAGUUUGCUAAAGUUGGGGCUAUCAUUUGUGAUAGACUGGCUAACAUAGAACGAGAGGGAAUGAGAUUCCGAAACUGCAUUCUUUCCCUGGUGCAAACUGACUAUAGAGGUAGGGAAGCUCUCAGGAGAGAAUCUAGCAGUCAGUUUAUGGCUCUGGUAUCGUUCCUGUCCCAGCUACUCACCACAAUGCGAUUGGCUAAUGGAGAAGUUAUGCAGCCUUUAGUUCAACCUAUCUAUGAUUGUUUUGAUCUCAUUUUAAGUCAAGAUGAGAUGGAUGCAGAUGAAUGUGAAUGUUUAUCACUUCAGUUACAAAGUAUUGGGCGAGAACUUCAAGACAGUGGUGAAGACCAGAUGCAAGCCCUGAUGGAUAAUAUCCGUUCUAAGAUUAUUCAAGAAAAAACAAAAGCAAACAUUCGCUGUGUCCUGAUGGAAGUCUUGGAAUGCUAUGUGCGUAGGUGGCAAAAUGCUCCAAAUGAUGUUACCCGAUUUUACUGUGAUUCAAUGGCAGACAUUUUGGCGGGCAUGGUUAUUUAACUUCUUCCAGGUUUUUUUGUUUUGAUUUUUUUUUCUGAAAAUCGUAGUGGACUGGCUGCAAAGUGGGUGGCAAAUGUUUGUGCAUACUGGCGUGUUUUUUUCCCCCCAUGCAUCACUUCUUGUUUUUCAUGGAGUGCAUGUCAGUCAUGUCAAAGAUGAGCAUCUUGCAUUUCUAAAAAAAAUUCUUGGAACUAAGUUUUGACAAAUUCAGAUUGGCACAUUAUUUAUUUAUGUUAGAUUUGUUUUCUGCUUAUAUUUGUAAAUAUGCAAACAUUUAAAAAUAUGGCAUUGUCAUUCAUACUGCAUAUAACUCUGUUUGAAGGAGGCUUUAGUAUGCUGUUAGUACAUAUAAAUAUGUGUAAUUUAACUUUUGCUAAGUAUUUCUGAGACUAUUCUCCUAACAUAUCACAACAGAAAUCUUACCCCAACACACUCUCACACUCAUUGAGAGGAAGGAAUGCAUUUGGUUCAAGGACAACCUGCUUAAGUUAAAAGAACAGUAUAAAUCUGGGAAGGGAUAAUUAGUUGUCGGAGUUUGUAAAAAGUAAAUUUUUUCAAUAAAUCUUAGUAUUGAUUACUUUGGUGUUGUGCAGUAAACAUUACUUCAAACAUUUUGACGAACUUUGCAGUUUACACCAGGUUUUUGUCACCGAGCCAUAAGUCUACCUACAAACAUGUACAUCAUGACAAUGUAGAAAACAAAUAACUUUUUUCUUAGUCCACUCACAGAAAUAAGAUACCUUUUUCAUGGAGCUUUCUAGUCAUGAAAAAAACACGUUCACAUUAUUUAUUGAGUUUGGGUUUUUUUCUUUUUUGUCUGGGAGUGUGCGGGGUGUUCUGUUAGUCUGGUGUACAUGAAGCAAAAAAUACUGAAAUUUUUAUUUAUUUAUGAAAGAUAAUUGAAAAAAUUACAAAUGUGCGUGAGUAAUUUUAGACAAAUUUAAUUUUGAAAAUAUAUCUUAGGAAAGGACUUAGCUUUCUUAGAUAAUAGUGACCUUUAUAAAAUACAUCAAAUUGAGUGGAAAAUAUUGUAACAGAAAGUUGAUCAAAUUAAUGCAGACUGAAAUAAUUUCGAAUGUGUAUUUUGUGCCAGUCUGAGCAAAGCAUGAUGCAGUCAUUUCAUCAUUUGAUUCUGAUUUGCUUGAAAAGACCGUGUUUUGUGUGUACAUGUCAUAGAUGUGUUUCUGUUCCAUGCUGAAAUGGGAGAAGGGUUGUGCUCCACUCAUCCUAAUUUGCUUCCUGCCAUAAUUUCUAUUAACAUUUUUUUUUUCCUUCAAUCUUGAGUUGUGCUCGAUUUCUUGUUUUUUUUAAUAGAGUGCACCUUCAUGAUCUUGUCAGGUUGAAAAAUUGAAAUCAUCAUUUCAAGAGUAACAGCUUACAGCAAUGUGGCAUUCCAUUUUGUUUACAGUCUCCACAUGUUUUUGGUUUUAACUAAUGAACAUGCCUUAUAAAAGCGUUUUGUGCAGGAAAUGUAUGCUUAAUACACAUUUUUUUCAUGGCUGUAAAGUUUAAAACAUCAAUGAAGUAUGUAAAAUACUUUAUAUUUGCUUUAAUGAUAGAUUUAUGCUGUUUAGAGGUAUCCCAUGUGCAAAAUCUUUUUCUUUAUGCUCAUUGGUAGCUUGUUGCCAUUCCUUCUCUGGCAGCCUCACAUACAAGAAAGUUCAAAAUGGAAUUCACCUUAGAAAUUCAUCAUUGUCAACGGAGUUGACAUCAUGCUGACUUAAUCAGCAAUUUUUUUAAAUCUUCAUAGUGUUACUCUCCAUGAUUAUUGGUUCAGCAUGCAUCAGCAUUAUAAAAUUUUAUGACCAUAGAGCAUUGUCUGUAAGUGGGGCUGGAUCGGUCACACUUUGUGAAAGCCGGCAGACAAUUUUAACGAGAUAGGCUUUAGGCUGGAACCCACAGGGCAGGCGCAGGGUUGGGAGACCCAGACAGACAUGGAGAUCGGUCCACAGCGAUGCAGAGGCAUGACAUGGUCCCAACUGGAGAGGGACAUCCAGAACCUGAUCCAACGACAUGGUGUAGUUGCAGCCCUAUGCCCCACGGGGGGUGAAUAGGAAGAAGAAGAGCAUUGUAUAUUUAAUAAAUUUUUAAUAUUUACUAUACAUGCUAAAACAACUGAAAUUUCUGUGUCAAAUAGAAAACUGCAUGGCAUUAAACUCAGAUAAACUGAACUGCUUAUUUUUAAAAAGCAAAGAUCCAAUCCAUUUAGUACACUUUUAAUCACAUAAAAAUUGCUUUAAACAGCUUUAAAAUGUAAAAGUUUAAUGGGUAGGUCUUUAGUUUCACUCCCAACUUUUUUUUUAAUCGGCUCAGGUAAGACCGUACCUUUCCGUGUUCACAUUCAAUUAUGUUUCUUAUGUGCUGUUCAUUCUAGUUUGUUUUUAUAAAAUAAAAUUGAGACUGGGUUGCCAUGCUUUAAAAAAACAAAACCACAUGGCUAACCAGCUGCUAUUUCUCAGGUCAGAACAGUUUCUGUUGUUGUUCCAGAAACAUUUGUAUCCUGUGAAUCUGUUUAUUGUCAAAAGUCAAAGAAUAUAUUUUAUCCUGCACAUCUUGGUUUUACUGAUCAGAAUUUAUCUUCACACACUUUACAGUGGCUAUUAAAGCAAGUUUUAGUUAA